GAGCAUUUGCUUCAUUAAAGCGACUUUACAGAUGGGUGUUACGGAGGCUUGUCCAUUUUCACAACAUUGAUUGGUCAAAAUGUUUCCUCAACGUAUAGGAAGAUGGAUGCUUGCCAGGGCACUCCUGCAGAAGACUGGCGCUCGUUCUCGGAGUACAGUCCCUGCAGCAGUGCUAGACAACACCAUGCAAGAAGUGAUGGACUCCAUUCAUGAGGCUGGGACAUACAAACCAGAAAGGGUGAUCACUACCAGGCAAGCUGCUGACAUCAAGGUGGCCGGAUUGUCAAAGAAUAUUCUCAACUUUUGCGCAAACAACUACCUCGGCCUCUCUAGCCACCCUGAAGUGAUAGAUGCUGCAAAACAAGCAUUAGAUGAUUAUGGUGCUGGGCUAAGUUCAGCCAGGUUCAUCUGCGGAACACAGGAUAUUCAUAAGGAUCUUGAGCAGAAAAUUGCACUCUUUCAUGGCCGCGAGGACUCCAUUUUGUACGCCAGCUGUUUUGAUGCAAACGCUGGGUUGUUUGAAGCCAUGUUGACGCCCGAGGAUGCUGUGCUCUCCGAUGAACUCAACCAUGCCUCGAUCAUUGAUGGGAUCAGAUUGUGCAAGGCAAGGAGGUAUCGGUAUAAACAUAUGAAUAUGGAAGAUUUGGAAUCACAGCUUAGCGAGUCUAUGGACUGCAGGAUGCGAUUGAUUGUCACUGAUGGUGUAUUUAGCAUGGAUGGCGAUAUAUCACCUCUCAGGGAGAUCGUUACACUAUCCAAGAAGUACGAUGCCCUUGUCUUUAUCGACGAAUGCCACGCGACCGGUUUCUUAGGUGCUACUGGGCGGGGCACAGAAGAACAUCUUGGUAUCGACGGCGCUAGUCACAUCAUCAACUCCACUUUAGGGAAGGCUCUCGGAGGUGCAGCUGGUGGCUAUACAUGUGGACCGAAGUCAUUGACAGAUAUGCUGAGGCAGAAAUCAAGACCGUAUCUCUUCUCAAACUCUCUCCCCCCUCCUGUUGUUGCCUGUGCUUCUAAGGUUUUUGAUAUGAUAAUGAGAGAUAACUCGCUGGUAUCCAAAGUGGAUAGCAACACACAGAGAUUCAGAAAGCACAUGAACGAUGCAGGAUUCAAAGUCUGGGGUACAACGCAUCCAAUAUGUCCCAUUAUGCUGGGAGAAGCUAGCUUAGCUGGACGCUUCGCAGAGGAAAUGUUGGAUCGAGGGAUCUAUGUCAUCGGCUUCAGCUAUCCCGUAGUCCCUAAAGGUCUAGCUCGUAUCAGGGUUCAGAUCUCAGCAGCUCACACUGAAGCCGAGAUCGACCAGUGCGCUCAGACGUUCUACGAUGUUGGCAAGAAACUUGGAGUUAUCUAAUCUAUCACUAGAAUGGCAUCAAGAAGGUGGGAACCGCAACGGCAAGGAACCUUGUAAAAAGUCAGUUGAGAGCAGCAUCUCUCCUUCAAAGUUGCCUGUGACAGACAGAGGAUAGCCUUCAAAUUUGUGCUGCUAAUUUUCAAGUCUGUAAAUCACCGAAGUCUGGAAUACAUUUAAUUAAACCUUAAUUCGUCGCUCUCAAGUUCAUACUACUCAUUCAUCUUCAUCAAUCUGGCUCAUUC